CACAGGAGCGGAGCUGGGCUCUCUCCGCCGCCUGCCUGCCGCCCUGCAAGCUCUGGCCUGCGGCGCUGCCCACAGUCCCCAUGGUGGGUACCCCCCGUGGCGGGGCCCGGUGAACAGCAGAGGCAUGCCAGGGAAGCCCAAGCACCUGGGCGUCCCCAACGGGCGCAUGGUUUUGGCUGUCUCCGAUGGAGAGCUGAGCAGCACGGUGGGACCCCAGGACCAGAGCGAGGGCCGAGGCAGCUCCCUCAGCAUCCACAGCCUCCCCAGUGGCCCCAGCAGCCCCUUCCCCACUGAGGAACAGCCUGUGGCCAGCUGGGGCCUGUCCUUCGAGCGGCUGUUGCAGGACCCGCUGGGCCUGGCUUACUUCACGGAGUUCCUGAAGAAGGAGUUCAGUGCUGAGAACCUGACUUUCUGGAAGGCCUGCGAGCGCUUCCAGCAGAUCCCUGCCAGCGACACCCAGCAGCUGGCUCAGGAGGCCCGCAACAUCUACCAGGAGUUCCUGUCCAGCCAGGCGCUGAGCCCCGUCAACAUCGACCGGCAGGCCUGGGUGGGUGAGGAGAUGCUGGCUGAGCCGCGACCGGACAUGUUCCGGGCACAGCAGCUGCAGAUCUUCAACUUGAUGAAGUUCGACAGCUAUGCGCGCUUCGUCAAGUCCCCGCUGUACCGCGAGUGCCUCCUGGCUGAGGCCCAGGGGCGCCCCCUACGGGAACCUGACUCCUUGCGCCUCGGCAGCCCCGACGCCACCAGGAAGAAGCCGAAGCUGAAGCCCGGGAAGUCGCUGCCGCUGGGUGUGGAGGAGCUGGGGCAGCUGCCGCCGGCCGAGGGCCCUGGGGGCCGCCCGCUCCGCAAGUCCUUCCGCAGGGGUGAGAGCUGGAGCUGGCCUCGGAGAAGAGCGGGGCGGGAGUUUGGAACUUCAGGGCAGCCCCUAAAGAAGUGUAGGUGGUUCCCGGGGACAGCGGGGAUAACUAGGGGUGGGGAGGACUCAGACCCUGCCUGGCGUCUGCAGAAGGCCCUGGUCCUGGAUCAGGACUGCACCGUGCUGGCGGACCAGGAAGUGAGGCUGGAAAACAGGAUCACCUUCCAGCUGGAGCUGGCGGCGCUGCAGCGCGUGGUGCUCAUCUCGGCCAAACCCACCAAGCGGCUGCAGGAGGCGCUGCAGCCCAUCCUAGCGAAGCACGGCCUGAGCGCACACCAGAUCGAGCUGCGCCGGCCAGGCGAGAAGCAGCCGCUGGAUCUGGGGAAGCUAGUGAGCUCGGUGGCGGCCCAGAGGCUGGUGUUGGACACUCUCCCAGGUGUGAAGAUUUCCGAAACUGGCGACACACAUCCCCGCCGAAGCCAGCGCACCACACCUGGAACCCAGGACAAGGGCAUCCAUCUCCCUCCACUGCCGCUCAACUCCCUGGCCGAGGCUCCCAGCAGUGUCACUGGGAAUCGACAGACCUGUGACAUUGAAGGCCUGGUGGAGCUGCUGAACCGGGUACAAAGCAGCGGGGCCCACGACCAAAGGGGCCUUCUGCGCAAAGAGGACCUGGUGCUUCCAGAAUUUCUGCAGCUGCCCGCCCCAGGGCCCAACUCCCAGGAGGCCCCACCACAGACUGAAUCAUCAGCCCAGCCCAAGAGGGGCCCCUUGGACUCCGCCGCCCACUCUGCCCUCUGACAGCCGUCCAACAGUCCAGGCUGGCCGCAUGGCACCUGGCGGGCCAAGCAUGCCAUGGUCCCGUCCUGCAUGCCCUGUCUGUGCUGUGCGUGUCCCUGGCCCCUUCCUGCCACGGGCAGGCCCGAAGGAAGAGCCAGGAGGGUUUGGAGAGGGGCUCUGAGUAGCCACACCCCACAGCUACCACCCCUUGGUCCCUCACAGGCUGGCCCCUCCAGCCCUUGCAGCCAGGCCACUGGGGGGAGGUGGGGCUCCCCUCCUUUCUUUCUCUACCCUGUGCAGGCAUGCCCAUCACAGAGGGGCGGUGUUGG